CUAAAGUUUGGCUUUCCUCAUCUAAAAGCAUUUAAACUUUAAAGUAUAACUUUAAAUGCGUGGAGCUCAAUUUAACAUUUUAUCUUACUUUAAAUGGGAAAUAGCCGCCUGAUAUAACAUUAACCUUUUAGACUUAUUUUACAGCUACCGUGAUUUCUACGGAGGACUGGCUGGCUGCCAUAUAGACUGAAAUAAUAAAAAAUACGCAGUAUAAGAAGCCAACUUCUGGAACAUCAUUUCUCAAAAGCCCUAACUUUUCUCGAUAAAAAUCGUUCUUUCUCCCAUCUUUUCCAAAAAUCUCUCUGCCAAAACAGAAAAGUUUUAUUUCGAUUCCAAACUAGAAUCAUGUGCGGAGGUGCUAUAAUCUCCGAUUCGAUACCGUCAAGCCGAUCUUCCCGCCGGCUCAUCGCCGAUUUGCUAUGGGAAUCCUCCGAUCUCAGCCGCAACGGAAAGAAGAAGAAGAACUCUCCUUCUGGGGGGUUCUACUCCAAGCCCUUGCGGUCUAUUAUGUUUGACGUCAACAAUAAGUUCGAAGCUGAAUUUCAGCAUUUCAAGGAGUACUCUGAUGAUGAGUUUGAGGAGGUGGAUGUGAAGCCAUUUGCUCUCCCCAUUUCCAAGCAGUCGGUGCCCUCGUCUGGCUCAUCCGACUCCAACUCAACUAAGGAUUCUGGCAAGUCCUUGAAGAGAAAGAGGAAAAACCAGUACAGAGGAAUCAGACAACGUCCAUGGGGUAAGUGGGCAGCUGAGAUUCGUGAUCCGAUGAAAGGUGUUCGUGUCUGGCUAGGGACUUUCAACACUGCAGAAGAAGCGGCAAGAGCCUAUGAUAUAGAGGCCAGAAAGAUCAGGGGCAAAAAAGCUAAAGUUAAUUUCCCUGAUGAAGAAGCUGCCCCUUCUGAAUAUGAUGUUAAAAAAUCAAAUACUGCUGGGAAGGCGGUUCUUCCUGUCAAGGUGCCAUGUCCACAACCAGAUCAGCCCGAAAUGUCUUUCAUGCAUGAUAUAUCAGACAGUGCCUGCUAUGAACAGAAACCAUAUGAAUUCAACAUAGGCGCUUAUCCUGCUGGAGUAGGCAUGGGUUAUGACACUUCCAAUCUCUACUUCAACUCGGACGAAGGAAGCAAUUCCUUCGGCUGUCCUGAGUUAGGGGGGUGGGGGGAGCCUAACCCUGUGACUCCUGAAAUAUCAUCUGUAUUAUCUGCUGUUGUAGAAGCUGAUGAAUCUCAGUUUGCAGAAGAAGCCAACUGUGCAGAGAGAAUGAGACUGUCUUCUUCCAAUGAAGAACUCUCGGCUCUUGAGGCAGAGAUGAAGUUCUUUCAGGUGCCACCAUAUUCUCAAGGAAACUGGGAAGCUUCUGUGGACGACAACUUAUUCCUUAAUGGAAAUGGUAUGGAUCUUUGGUCGUAUGAUUAUGUGCCGUCUUUAAUAGGGAAUAGUGUAUUCUAAAAGGUGGCUACAACUUUCUAUGCUCCUUCACUCUUGCCAUUUCUCCCUUAAUAAUAAGGCCAGGCUUUCAUGUUAGUAAAAGCUUUUUAAUUACUGUACCAUUGUGUGAUUGUAGGGUUUGAUCUGUCUACAUGUGAUUAUAGGGGGGAGUAAAUAUGUAUUAAGUUUUGUUGCAAACUCGCAAGACUAUUAAAUUGACGCAUUAAAAACUUGAUGAUGUCUCUAAGGAUGAUGAUACUCUGAAGCAUUUUUAUUUGACUUUGUAAUUUAUCUAUAUACUGG